GGAAAUCUCUGUUGAGUUCAAGUACAUCGACUGCCAGCCAUCAUAACUGCGAACCACCUCAAUCGGCCCUUGACGAUUGACGAUUGACGAUUGACCAACUUUCUGGCACCCUCGCUAUGAGAUUGAGUAAUUGUGCUCGCUCGCUCGAUCACCAAAGUUCUCAAUCAGAUGCGGAGAAUCUAUUCGAUCGACGAUCUUAUUAGAUUCUGAACUUGUGGGCCCCAAUCUCAGAUGCAGUGGGGAACGAGCCUCCUCAGAGCUUUCCAGGAGUGACUCGUCAUAUUCUGAAUGAGCACCAGGAUCUGCUUCAGUCCACGGUCCACAAGCGGACCAGAAUGUACGCAAAUCCACGCACACUUGGAUUUCCUGGUGUUGGAGUCAAACCCAAAAUGAAACCCAUGUCGCUCACGAGCACCGCAAGUGCACUUGAAGAUAUUACGUAUAUUACGUUUUGUACUCUCGUCUACAUAAUUCUGUUCAGCAGAGAUUGUCUGCGCUUCUGGGUAGAGGAAGAUGUAAAACAGAGACAGACAGAGAGAGAGAGAGAGAGGAGGAGGAGGAGGAGGAAGGUUAAUCACUAUCAAAAAUCGAAUACCGUCAGCAUGUGUACGAAGGGAGUCGACUACUGCGAGCGUGGAAGUCGAUGCUCGACAGUGGUUGAGUUCUUUGCCUCUGUUUACCUCGAUUUUAGUUAUGCAGAUGACUCCCUGAGAGAUGAGUGCCAUUCCCAGAGGCUUGUGUGGGAUGAACAUGCAGACACAGAUCUCAUGUAUUAG